UGCAGCAUAUUUAUAUGAGAAUUCUAUUCUCCCACCCAUUUGUCACGGCUUCUUCGUUCCUAAAACCACAUUGAUUCAAUGAACCCAUGCUAUUCACUGAGAACUCUUGAUGUUUUACCGGCAAGAACCUUCCAGCCAACGCCGAGGUCAAUUUUCUCUCCUCAAGUAGCCCUCCUAUUGCUCCAAAAAUGCGCCAAUUUCAAGCAGAUGAAGCAAAUCCACGCCAAAAUCAUCCGCACCACCCUCCACCACAACCAAGUAAUCGUCGCCAGAUUGAUUCGCCUCUGCUCUUCCUACCGGGAGCUGGAUUACGCAGCUCUAGUGUUCCAACACGUCGAUAAUCCCUCCACUUUCGUUUGGAAUAUGCUCAUCAGAACGUACACCCUCAACGAUUGCCCGCAUCGAGCUAUUCAAUUUUAUAAUUUGAUGAUUUUCCGAGGCGUUGCUGUGGAUAAAUUCACGUUCCCGUUUGUUAUGAAAGCGUGCCUCGCGAUUUCCUCCGUCGACAAGGCGAGGGAGGUUUAUGCGGUUGCUGUUAAAUCUGGGUUUCUUGGAGAUGUAUAUUUGGAUAACGUUUUGAUAGAUUUGUAUAUGAAAUGUGGGGCUGUCGAUGAUGCGCUCAAGGUGUUCGACAAAAUGCGGCACAGAAGCGUUGUUUCCUGGACAACUGUAAUCGCAGGGCUUGUCCUCAACGCGAGAAUGGAUAUUGCUCAGAAGGUGUUUGACAAAAUGCCGACGAGAAAUGUGGUUUCUUGGACGGCGAUGAUCAACGGCUACGCCAAGAGUGACGAACCGGAGAUGGCGUUCAAGCUCUACACGGAGAUGCAGCGUGAUAACGUCAGCCCCAACGAGUACACGUUGGUUGCCCUUCUGACGGCCUCGGCCGAGCUGGAGAACCUCAAACUGGGUCGUUGGGUGCACGAAUACGCUAUCAAGAACGGGUUCGAGAUUGGGGUGUUUCUAGGGACGGCUCUCAUCGACAUGUAUAGUAAAUGCGGAAGUUUGGAGUAUGCCAAGCGCGUGUUCAUGGAGAUGGAGAGUAAGAGCGUGGCAACAUGGAACACAAUGAUCUCGAGCCUAGGGGUUCACGGGCAGGUUGAAGAAGCCAUUGCCGUUUUCGAAGAGAUGGAGAGGAGGAAUGUUCAACCAGAUGCCAUAACGUUUGCUGGAGUUCUCAGUGCCUCCGUGCAGACAGGCGAAGUUGACACGGUCCGUACAUACUUAUACUACAUGGUGGAACGAUAUGGCAUAGAGCCGAGCUUCGAGCAUUAUGUUUGCCUCUUUGAGAUGUAUUUGGCAAAGCUGAAUCUAGAGCCCUCUGAUCGUCCUAGUUCGUGACUUGUUCAAAAUGCGCGAAUACAUAUGAUUAUUUAGACGACGAGGUCGAGGAAAAUACCUUGGCAUCACGUCGUUGUUCGCUGCAGUUCAUCGCAGACUGAUAAAAACGAGCAGCAGCAACGGGUACAUGUCGGACAUUUUUACUAAACAAGCUCAUUGCUUCAAGAGAGAGUACAAGAUAGAAUCAACAGAGAAGUGAGGAAAUAAUGUGAGCUUUUGUAUUAUAUUCUGGUGAGUAAAUAUACAUUUUUUCUUCUUCUUUGAAGUUGACUAUACAUACAGAAAUCUACAUUCCUUAUGAAUC